AUGAGCGAUCUGGGAGUGAUCAGCAUUGAAGAUUCCUUGAAUCAUGAAAUCCCAUAUAAGCACUCAGCCUGGAUCUUUCAAAAUCUUUGCAACCAGCCAAAGCAGGUCGGAUUGUCAGCACUUCAAGAAGACCCAAUUCGCAUGCUCAUGGUGCCCGGGAAUAGCACGCGUCUGAAUCCUUCUUGGUUUCACGACGAAUCUGACCUGCGCGCACUCAAGACCGCGCGCCGGAAUCGUAUUCCAUAUAGCGAAGUCAAGAAAGAUUGUCUCUUUGCAUACUGGACGAACGCUGCGCCUGACCGCUCCAACUCCACGAAGGCCUGCUGUCAGAGCUUGCGUAUCUCGGCAUCUCUCAGAGAGCAUUCCCGUGCUUCUUCGAGUGAACGUCGUACGGGGAUGCGAAAAUUACAGACGCGGUUCGACUCGGUCUGGUUGGGAUCGAGGGCCAUCUGGUUUGGUAAAUCGGUACCAGUUCGUAUAAUACCCUUCAUAUUGACGGCUAUGGGUCAUAUAUUUGCUCUAUCUCAUCCAGAGAGCAACAAGAACAUCAGGCCCGUGCGUUCCUUGGCAUUUCCACUCCUCACGGCAACGACCUCCUUCUUCUUCCCUGUACACCUCCUACGAAAAAUGUCUUUCAUAUCCGAGGCCGAGAUUCUUGCACUCCUCGACCUGACUGAGGAAGACAUGCUAUGGUUAAUCCAAGGAUUAAUCUCGGGUACCCUUUGGAUGAUUGGCGAAUUUGCCGACGACGAUGAUGGCUUCUACGAGGAGGGGAUGAUCGAGGACAAUUUCGACAAGACUUGGGAACUGCUGGCAUAUUGA